AUGAAGGUUGCUAACCUUCUUCCCAUCUUUGCAUUCCUGUCGCAAGUACCCUUGCCAGAAAGGCCGAACGACUUCGUUGAGGUGUGCGCAGGAGAAGGCAAUCUGUCCUCCGCUUUGCGCAGCAGUGGAUUUCAGGGCAAGGAGUUUGAUGUUAUCUACAGUGGAAACCAUAACCUGAUGAGGACAGUCGGAUUCUUGGCGAUCAUAGCUGCUGUUCGGAACAUCAGGCCAGGCGGCCUAUUGGUGGUAGCUCCACCAUGUAAUACCUGGGUUGUUGUGUCAAGGUCUCAGACUGGCAGGUCUUGGUCAAACCCUGGAGGGAAUCAACGCCCAUGUGUGCAAUGGGCCAACAUCUUUGUUCUUCGACUACUCUACAUACUACUCUAUGCCCAUCAGCGCGGAGCUGGAGCAGCCGAUCUCUUCAGUCUUGUGGCAUUGGCGCCCUAUGCAGCGCUUUUUGGAUUUCACAAAGGCUCAACGUGUUGUAUUUCCAAUGGGCUCUUAUGGGAGUGCUGGUCUACGUUGACAGCUGUUUCUUCCCUGCGGCGUCCUCUAAACAUCCAGCAGCUUCGCCGACUUCUUGACAGGAAACCACUCGUGAAGAAGACCAUUUCGAAGACGGGGAAACCUCAAGUGACAGGCCUCCCAAACCAGUUGAAGCAAAGUGCAGCUUAUCCGUGGGCUUUUGGUUUGGCAGUUGGGGCAUUGCUGAGUCCUGAGGGGUUACCAAACCCUUCAGCAGAGAUGCCAACACAUGGGACUGAGAGAUUUUGUGAAGACGAUCAGGGUGCAUUGGAUGACCUGAUCAAAUACAAUGGCCGAGCCAAAGCAUGGUGGCGGAGCGAUAGAGCUUUUGCGUGUGAGACCUCACCGUGGACAAACAGAGUGGGAGGUGGAUUGUACAUGUAA